AUGGCUACGACUCCGAUUCCAGCCAAGUUCGACAUCAACAGCAGGUACACCAUGAACUCAGGCCAUAAAAUACCCGUACUGGGGUACGGCGUCUACCAGACCCCCGCGGCACAAUGCGAAGAAGUCACACUGCACGCCUUCCGCACUGGAUACCGCCACAUCGACUCAGCACGAGCAUACCGCAACGAACAACCAUGUGCCGACGCGAUCCGCAACUCAGGCCUGAAACGAGAAGAAAUCUUCUUCACCAGCAAAGUACCUCCCCGAGCCAUGGGGUACGAAGGGGCCAAGAAAUCCAUCGAGUCGUCCUUCAUUCAGACAGGGCUAGAUUAUUUUGAUUUGUAUCUGAUCCACUCGCCGUACGGAGGCAAAGAAGGCCGCCUUGGUGCGUGGAGAGCCCUCGCGGAAGCCCAGAAGGCCGGCAAGAUCCGGUCAAUCGGCGUCUCCAACUACGGCGUGCAUCAUCUUGACGAACUCGAAGAGUAUAUCAAGACAAAUCCUGAUGUCGGGGGGACCAUUGACGUUGGCCAAUGGGAACUCCAUCCCUGGCUUCCGCGCUCUGAUAUUGUGGAUUGGGCUCGGAAGAGGAAUGUCGUAAUCGAAGCUUAUUGUCCUAUUGUUCGUGGUCAGCGAGCCGAAGAGCCGGUCUUGAAGCGCCUGAGUGAGAAACAUGGCAAGACGUGGGCCCAGAUCUUGCUGCGUUGGAGCUUGCAGAAGGGGUUUGUGCCGCUGGUCAAGAGUGUUACUCCUUCGAGGAUCGAGGAAAAUGCGGCCAUUUUUGAUUUUGAGCUCGAUGAGGAGGAUAUGAAGGCUUUGCAUUUUCCGGAUUCUUAUGCUCCGUGCAGUUGGGAUCCUACUGUCAGUCACGAUUGA